AAGACAUGUGGAAAUUACCUUUCUGUUUCUAUAACAUUUUAAAGGACCAAAUAAAUGUGACUUUGCAUUUAUUUAUUAUCCAAUUUGGUAUUAGCCUUAAACCCUUAAAUAUUAGUGGAAUGGUUACAGCAGAUUUCUAUAUUAUUUCUCCUUUUCUCUUCAUUUUUAUGUGCUUUUGUUUUUUUAAAAUAUAUUUUUAUAUAAAUAUCAAUAUAUAUUUAGUAAAAUAUUCUGCAUUGUAUAAUCUGACAGUAUGUGGUCAUGUGACCUGUGUAGAGUCGCGUGUCAGUAAUCGGAUGAGCGCCUGUGAUUGGACAGACGCCCCGGACACCUACUGACAACAAAUGCUCUGCUGCGUCACUGACUUUAAUCUGCAACUGCAACAAACCUGUAGAGACAGUCAGGACCAAACCGGAAACCAGCCGGCGCUGCCUUCAAAGUAAAAUGCAGAAUAGCGAUUACUUUUCAGGUAAAAGCUAAAUCAAUAAUAAGUAACUAAAAACAGAGAAAAUAACCGAUGUAGCGUAAAUAUCAGUAGACACAGUAAAUGCUUAAUGAAAAGAAAUAAAAAAAACAUUGAGGCUGCGUUUAUUUUCAUUAUCUAUUUUAUUGAUGAAUCUGUUGCUUUUUUUAAGUGAAAAAGUUUCUUAUGGCAGAGGAUGAUUGGUAAAAAAAAGAAGAAAUUUUAGAAGCUGAAACUCAUUUAAAAAGCAAAAUCUUUGGUUCCAAAUAGUCCCUGAUGGUCUGAGUCAGUAAUGAUUAUUUUUUUUAUUGUUAACGAUAAUGAUAAUAAAAAUAAUAAUAAUAGAAAUUAAUUUUAAAAUUUUUAUUUGUAGAGCAUAUUUCAUACAACAAAUGCAGCAAAACCUGCUCUAUAAUAAGAUAGAUAAGGAUAAAAAUGCCAUAAUAUAUCAAACAUAAGAUCAGCCACACUUGGUAAUACCAGAAAAUUAAAUAAAAAUAGAAUACCCCUACAUAGAAUAUAUAACACAAGACACAAGGAGGGAAAUAAAAUCCACUGAAUAGUAAUAAUACAAAUUCAAUAAUAAUAAUAAUAAUAAUAAUAAUAUUAAGAAUACCUAUACUAAUAAAUAAUUGUAAAACAACUUAUAAUAAUAAUGACAAUAAUGAUUUAAAAAUUCCCAUAACAAUAAAUAAUCGUAAAACAACUUAUAAUAAUACCAAUUAUAAUAUUAAAAGUACCAUUAUUAAUGAAUAAUCGUAAAACUACUUAUUAAAAAAUAUUACAUUAAUAAUAUUAGCUUAAUUAAAUAAUAUUAUACUUUUAAUCGAAAUAAACUUGGCAUUUAAAAAAAAAAGUCUGAUUUGGUUUAAUCGUUGUCGCAACGUAUUUUGAAAGUUCGUACCGGAACUCGUACCAUGACGUGUGCGACUUGACACUUGAGUUGUUAGAGAGAAAGCUCCAUAGCAACCGAGAGGAACCACUGGCAGGAAAAGUUGAGAUUUUUUAUUUUAUCAGAGAGUUUUGCAGAAGAUGACGACUCUCUCGCAUGAAGACUGGAGCGUUACUUUGACAUAAAAAAAAAAUGCCAACCACUAAAGUUAUCAAGUCAAAUCCAGUCGAGGCUACAAGGAAACCCGCAGAGAGAACCGGACCGGUGAAGGGGCGGACGGGUCCCGGAGCGCAGAGCAGACUCACGGUGCCCGCUGUGCGUAAAAGCCGCGCGUCGAGCUGUCCGAGGUGUCCGACUCCGCAGUGGGAGCGGUGUGAGGGGCGCACCGGGGCCCGGAGCACCGCCAGGAGGUCCAGGUCCACUUCCACAGCCCCCAAAACCACCGUGGUCCGGUCCAGGACGAAUCCGGACUGCGGGAGGGCGACUGUGAACCCGAAGAACCGGGACGUCCGGCCUGAGACGAGACACGCCAGUCAGAGUCACAAAGCGUUCACCGUCAUCCCCCCGAACCCCAAGAAGAGACGAGAGAUCCAGAGAAAGGCGGAGGCGGAGCUCGCCGCGCUGGAGGAGCUUCGUCUGAGCCGAGCGAUGGCGUUCGUCUCCAUCGACCCGAGCAGCGUCGGCGGCUGUUUGAGUCUGGAGGAGGUUCGGUUGAAGCAGCAGCAGGAAAUGAUGCAAGCCAAGAGGAAACCCAAACCGAUGAAGAAGCAGGUUUUGGAGCAAACAGCCGUCCUGAGAUGCUGAGCGGCGCCUCUCCUCCAGCAAGUGUUUUAAUAGAAAAUGUACAGAAACAUGCAUUAUUUCUAUACUAAAUAAGAUUAUAUGUACAUUUUAUAUGCAGUUGUUUAAUAGACAUUUUAUACACAUAAUGCAUAACAGUAUUGUGUGUUUGUGUAAUAUGUAUGUUGUAUAAAAAUCACAAAGUUUAAAGUGUUAUUUCACCAAAACUACAAAAAAAAAAAUCUUUUUUUUUUUUUUUCCUGCUCACUGCGACGACUAUCCAGACAUGCAACCAUUUGUUUAUUUGUUUAUGUUUGGAAGUAUUACAAAAAAUUGAUACUUAAAUCCUCCAAAGCCUUGUUAGAAAGUGGAACCCUCGUUUGACAUUAUUUGUCGCUUGUUUUAAGACAUAAAGACUCAAUUGUUUAUAAACUUUCCACCUGCCGUGUAGACAGAUUUAGCUGAAAUUUUCCAUGUUUUGUUGGUAAGAUUUUUAUUUCUGCCAACACACAAGAACAAAUGACUUUAAUGGACUUAAAAAAACACUUAAUUUCAUAAAUAUUGUCCUGGUUACACUAGAUAAUCAACAGAACACCAUUUGAUUAUUACAAGUCUUAUAUCCAGUCUGCUGCAGCUGAGGCUCAUGGGUAAUGUAGUCUUCAGCACCAUUAAACACACCAAACUCAGGAACAAAUGUGCAGCGGUGGUUUUCAGACAUGUUAUUUAACUAAAGGCUCGCUGUAACACAAUUUUAAAAGACUUUAUUACACAUUAAGGGUAAAACUUUACAUGUAUAUUCAGCUACAUAUAGUUCAUAGAGUAUUUGUAACAUUUUUAACAGAUUUUUUUGUCUUUUUUCUUUUUUUCUCUUUUUACUUGCAUACUCAACUACACAUAGUUCAUAGAGUAUUUGUAACAUUUUUAACAAAUUUUUCUGUCUUUUUUUGUUUUUUUUCUCUUUACUUGUAUAUUCAGCUUCACAUAAUUCGUAGAGUAUUUUUUACAUUUCUAACAGAUUUUUCUGUCUUUUUUUUCUUUUUUUCCCUCUUUACUUGUAUAUUCAGCUACACAUAGUUCAUAGAGUAUCUGUAACAUUUUUAACAGAUUUUCUGUCUUUUUUUUCAUUUUUUUUUCAUAAACGGAGCCAAGAAUCUGAACUUCAGCAUCACAUACAUUCACCAAACUCUCCCGUUUAAUUCCUGUCUCUAAUCUGACUAAUUACAGGCGGAUUUGUUCCUGUAAUUCCCGUUCCAUGAAUUCACAGCCCGAUUUAAACAACAUUUUAUUUUACACUCAGCGGUCGUUUUAGUCAGCUGAGCUUUCUUUUGUCAAUUUUUUUUAUGUUUGUUCUCGUGCUGAAUGACUCUUUUUCAGCUAACUGAGGUAAACACGGGAUUUAAAGAGAUGCUUUUAUGUUUUUGCAUGAUUCUUUUUGGAAACAGUUCACAGAUCUGUCCAUUAGAUAAACUCAUAGAUUAGUCAAUAAUAAUCGUAUAGACAUUAGUUGACUAAGAAUUACUUUAACCGUCCUGUUAGGUUCGUUUCUCAGGAACAGCAUGAUGUGUAAUUAUCCACAAGUGUCAGAAACUAAAAAAUCCCAAUAAGAAUUGUUUAUAUUUCA